GUGCUAUUUAUUUGAACGUAAACAAAUUAUUAUAGUAUUUCCUGAUUCAGAAAGAAGUUUGGACUUAUGAGACCUUCGUAAAAGAUUUAUUCAUUCAUACCGCUAUAAUACUAUGAACUUUUAAUUUGAUGCAUUUAUUUAAGGCACUUUUAGUGAGCAAUUACUGAGAACAACAAAUAUGAUGCUUACUAUCUUUAUAGUAAAUAGUAUUGCUAUCGGUUCAUACGCAAAUUAUUUUCCACUGACCGGGACCGAAAUCCGACAGAAAUCAUUUGAGUUGAAGCUUCCUUCCAGUUUGACGUUUCCUUUUAUGGAUACAUUGUAUGACAAAUUAUAUAUUUUGAAAGAUGGUAUGAUUGGAUUUCAUUCAAAUGUUGCUUUUAGUGCAAAAUAUUAUUCCACCAGCUUAAGCAGGAAAGAUCCAGCGUUUAUAGCCCCUUAUCAUUAUCAUGGAUAUGACACUCCGGGUAUUGCUCGUCCAGGAUGUUCAGGUCCCGGAAAAAUACUUUACAGAAGUGGGACAGGUAAAUCAGCCUCUCAAAUUCCAGUGGAUGAGUUGACUGUAUACAACAACCUCGUACAAAAGUCAUUCGUUGGCAUGAAACAAUUUGCAGCGAAAUGGACGUUGAUGGUUUCAUGGGAAAACGUUUACAGGGACUUCGGUGACUCCUUUGACUGUCAGACAUAUACAUUUCAACUUCUUUUACUGACAGACGGAAAUACAAGUUUUGCUAUGUUUAAUUAUCCGGGUGUAAGUGUGGAUGAAAGUCAUUUAUCUUCACACUUUAUUCAGACCGGUUUCAAUGCAGGAGGUGGGAGAGGGUUUACGCCUACAAAAAUAAACUUAUCAGAGAGAUUUUUCUAUAAAGUAGACAAAAGAGACAUCGUUCACGGCGGCUGCACAGACGAAGGCAAGGGAACAAUCAGCAUCUAUCCCGAAAUAGUUAGCAUGUUUGGUGGCCAAAUGGUUGAAGUUUUUGGACCAUGUUAUCCGCCUGGAAUCCAAGUAAUAAAAUGCAGAUUUGGCAAAAAUGACCAUUUUGUGACAUAUGGAUUCCAAGUUGAUGCAGUGAGAGUUAGAUGCUCUGUUCCUUUUUUAACGUUUAAAGGAUGGACCACAAUAGAACUUGCUUUAGGUUUCAAUCAGUACAUGUAUUCGACGAAUAUAUUUGUUGCACUUGAAGAUACUGCGAAUAAAAGACUAGGUCUUCCAUAUCUUGGGAAACAUUCUGGAUGGAAUGAAACAGAUACGAAAACGUUAACAAUCACAUGGGAUAGUACCAAGUUAACGUACGACAUUAAUGCUAGGGUCAAGAUCGAAUUGAUUGGAUAUAGAGAAACUGACACCGAGAUACAACAAGCAACAUUAUUAGAAAUAGGCGAAAGACAAGCAACAGAUAAUACUUUAACAUUUGAUACAGACAAAAAGAUGUGUGUUAGUACGUUUUGUACGGACUAUGAAAUCGGAUUUGUCAAAGUUGAACUGAAGAACCAAGCGCUAGCAACCAGUCAUAGAUAUCAGAUAGCUGAAGUAUUGCUUGGAUAUUACGUCAAUGUAGCAAUGAUAAGUCAGUUUGGAAAAGAUUGGCCAAAGAUGAAAUGCAAACAAUGGUACAACAAUGAUAAGAUAAAUGUUGCAUGGGUAAACGGAUUAUUGCCAUGUCCUUGUACUCUUACACAAGCUUUUGGUGAUAUAGGGCGCUGGAAAGCUGAUGAUGGAUGUGAUAUUGAUAGCGGAAGUAGCUGUACUUAUCACAAGGGAGCUGUGCAUUGUGUUAGAACUAUAGAACCAACAAUUGACGGUGCAGGUAACCAGUGUUGCUAUGAUAAAGAUGGUAAUUUGAUGUUUAAUGGUGACUCUUAUCAAGGCAGUUCAUCAGAUCGUUCUAAUCCUUUAGGGAUGUUUCCAUACCAACGCCCAAAAUCUGUUCCCUCUGUGUCACAUUGGAUACAAGACUUAUCUCCGUACUAUUAUUGUUGUCUGUGGUCUAGUUAUGAGUAUUGUGAUAUGUAUACGAAACUAAGGCCAACAGUAGAUUGCACUAGGUAUACCCCACCAACGCCAGGAAUAAUUUUCGGGCAAGGACAUGUAAGAACGUUCGACGAUUCUUCUCAUAGAAUAUGUGCAGAAGGUGACUAUAUUUUGAUGACAAUUCAAGCUCCGGAAUUAGAACAGGUUAUAGUUCAGGGAAGAUUUUCAGACAAUGUUGUACCGAUAGAUGGCAUGUUGAAUAACAGUGUUACCUUAACCAAUCUUGCGGUCGAGGUCGGUGUAUUAGAUACUGUGGAAAUAAGAUUGAGGCCACCACUACUAGGAAGACAGAAAAGUCAUCUAGAAGUUGUUGUAAACGAUAAAUACUUCUACUUUAAUACUAGGUCAACCAGAUGGCAGGAUUUUGAGAAAUUUUCUGUUAUGAAUACCAACAGUGUUAACCCUGAAGAACAUGGUAAUUUCACUAUUAUUCUAAAAAAUGGAAUUGGAAUCCAAGUUGCAGUAAAAGAGCAUAUUAUGACAGCAUUGUUUAUGAUUCCAGAGAUACUUAAGGGUUAUGUGGAUGGUUUACUUGGUAAUUUCAACAUGAAUCCAGAUGACGAUCUUGGUGGUGUAUUGAAUGGUGCCAGCAUCUUAGAAACGUAUCACAUGUUUCAGUAUAAAUGGGCUGUAAACAACUCAGUUGAUUCUGUUAUGCAAGUCAACAUAAAACCGGAAAUCAAUGCUGUAUCCUGUUCUGCUGAUGUUAAAAUAAUAGACACGAUGUUUUGUGGAAGCAAUGAAGCAUGUAAUUUUGAUUUUGCCUCGACUAGAAAUCAAGAUGCAGCAAAAUCUACAUUGUAUAUGUCUGAAAGGAUGAACGAAAUACGCAGCUUUAUGAAGCCUGUGCAGUCCUGUGGGUUUCUAGACAUCCAAGAUGCUAGAAAAAGUAGUAGGAAUACUAACUUAGGAAGCACUGUGACCAUAACAGGUUGUUACACAGACAGAGAGCCAGCUGAACCUACUACAUUUACAUGUAUACUUUCUGGGGGAAAUAGUUCCUCAUGGAACCCAAAACCGACACCAGUUUGUUCAGAAACUGAAUCCGUUGUCAACUCAGAUGUUAUAAUAGGAUUGGUUAUUGGUCUAGUUGCUGUCAUUGUAAUCGUCAUUCUUGCCAUAAUUUUUGUGAAGAAAUUCAUGAUGACGAAACGAAAGCAUGAUAAGUAUAUGAUAGCAUCAAAGGGUGAGAAGACAGCAGAUGCAGAAUUAUAAAAAUGUUCAUGCUAGAACUAAUAGACUUUUCUUGUGUACUCAAGACAGAUUGAAGAUUGUGAGGAAAUAUUUAAAGCAGUAUACAAAUGAUGUGAAAGUGGUGAAAAUAGAGGAAAAACUGAGAAGAAUUUUUUUGUUGAUGUGAAGUUAAUUUUCUACAAGGAAAUGUUAGUCGACUAAAAAAUCGAUUAAAUUUAGUUUGAAGUUAGAACCGUCUUGUUACGGUGGCGUGUAUGAUUAUGUUUCCUAGAAUCUUGCUUAAUAUUGUAUAAUUAGCAUUCAGGUUUGAUCAGUAUUUUGUUGUACCAGCUUACCAAAUAAUCGUAUCAAGAAGUACAGUCUCUUAUUGAGCACUCGUCAAUACAUGUCUUGCAUUGUGUGUUAGGUGAGGGUGUAGCAAAACGCUGCUUUGUCAAUGUAACGGAACUAUAAACAACUGUCAUACAAGUGAGAGGUUUAGCUAGCUAUAAAACUAGGUUUAUAUAAAAAUAAGAAGAUGUUGUAUGAUUGCCAAUGAAACAACCAAAUAAGAUAGAAGUUAACAACUAUGGGUCACAGUACGUUUACUCACCAUUUUAAUUUUUGGAAAAUGCCUGUUCCAAGUCAGGAAUAUGACAAUUGUUUUUCAUUCGUUCCGUUGUUUCAUAAAGUCUCAUGUUUGAUUUUGUCAGAUUUUAUGAACUUCUCCCUUUUUGAAUUUACCUUGGAAUUCGGUAUUUGUGUUAUACUUUUUUAGUAAACGGGGCUCUAUAAUUGACAAUACUUGAUGGGAUGAAACAGUGUGUUUUAUUAUGUACCUCUCUACAUGUAACUCAUUCUAAUCCCUUUGUCUUUCUGAUUUUCCUUAAAACGACAGUUGUUAAUGCUAGUAGUGUAUUCCGGUAGAGAAUUAGAUUAUAUGUUUUAUACGGUAUAGUAGUUAAGGAUCCACAGAUUAAGUAAAUAUGUCAGAAAAAUAGAUUUUUACCAAUCAUAAGUUGAUUGUUUUAUUCUUGUUUUUCCUUGUACAAUCGAUUGUCCCUUCAUGGUCCAAGUUGUUCAAAUAAUGACUAUCUUUACUCGAAACAAAAAAUCCAAACUGUAGAGGUGGGCUGUACUUGAAAUAUUAGAUAUGAUAAUAAUAUAUAUCCUUAACGAUAUGCAAUAGAAUAUAAAAUAUAUAAACACGGAUAUUGAGAAAGAUGCAUGGAAGAAUGAUUAACAGCUAUGCAAUGAUUAUUAUAUAAUAGCAUUGAUUUUAUGAUAAUUAUUUUAAAUCAGAAUAUAUUAUCAUUUGAUUAUAAGAAGGCAGAUUUGUUACGUUUUGUUUUUUAAUAUAUUUAAAUUAUAAAGUUACAAUAAAUGUGUUGUAUUCAUUAUACUUUGUAGCUAAAUUUAAGGUUAAAUUAAUUUUGAUUUCAAUAAAGUAUGCUGUUUCUAUUU